AUGGCACCAGGCAAUGAAACACAGCCAUCAGGAUUCCUUCUCCUGGGACUCUCAGAGGACCCAGCCCUGCAGCCUCUCAUCUUCGGGAUCUUCCUCUGCAUGUUCCUGGUCACUGUCAGUGGGAACCUGCUCAUCGUCCUGGCCAUCCUCUCUGACCCACACCUCCACACACCCAUGUACUUCUUCCUCGCCAACCUGUCCAUGGUGGACAUCUGCUUCACCUCCACCACCGUCCCCAAGAUGCUGGUGAACAUCCAGACGCAGAGCAGAGCCAUCAGCUACGUGGGCUGCAUCACACAGAUGUUCUUCUACUUGGUUUUUGUGGAGUUGGACAGCUUUCUUCUGGUUGCGAUGGCCUAUGACCGGUUUGUAGCCAUCUGUCACCCCCUGCACUACACGGUCAUCAUGCACGCCCAGCUCUGUGUGCAGCUGGUUCUGGUGUGCUGGACCAUCAGUGUCUUGCAUGCCUUGUUGCAAAGCUUCAUGGUGCUGCAGCUGAGCUUCUGCACACACCUGAAAAUCCCCCAGUUCUUCUGUGAACUGAAUCAGGUGGUCCACAGCGCCUGUUCUGAUACUUUCCUUAAUGACCUCAUGAUCUAUAUUGUAUCUGUGCUGCUGGGAGGAGGUCCCGUGGCUGGGAUCCUCUACUCUUACUGCAAGAUCGUGUCCUCCAUCCGGGCCAUCUCCUCAGCUCUGGGCAAGUAUAAAGCCUUUUCCACCUGUGCCUCUCACCUCUCUGUCGUCUCCUUAUUUUAUGGCACAGGACUAGGUGUGUACCUUAGCUCUGCCAUUACCCAAAACCCACAGUCCACUGCCAUUGCCUCGGUGAUGUACACCGUGGUCACCCCCAUGCUGAACCCCUUCAUCUACAGCCUGAGGAAUAAGGACAUAAAGACGGUUCUGAAAAGAUCUCUAGCAGAGAAACCAUAA